AUGUCCUGGCAGGGAUCUUCCACGGGACCAGGAACGUUGAAUAUUUCGUCUCUGGAGACUUCAUUAUCAGAGACCUUUUCAGAGAGCUCUGAGUCCUCCUUAUCCGGAUCGUGGUCUCCGCCACAAAAAAGUCUCGGAGGGAGCAAGAUCGCCAGCAACAAUUUGAAUGCUGGAUCAACUGAUUCUAUUGCUACUAUCACAUUAUCAUCGUCAUCGGAUUCUUCCUCAAGCGUUAAGCCUUCCUUAUUGAGGAAAAAGUCCGGUGAUGUGGUCAAAUCAUCAUUGAGAUUGCCUGCUCUUGUCAGAUGUCAGUCUACGCUGAACGUUUUGUUGAAGAAAUCGGUCAGUUUUGCCCUGAGAUUGGAAAACAUCAAAAUGUUUGACGGGAAGGACAGCCCUAGUACCGUUUCCACCAAUGAAAACAGUCCUAUCGGAUCUCCAAGAGGAGGAAGAGCAAAUAAGCUCAGAAAUUCAUACUUUUCUUGGGACUGGGAUUCUACUCCAGCAGUGACAGGUUUCACCAAGGAUGACGACGCUUUGUCUGAUGGAUACGACGAAGAACUGACUGACGAAGAGGAAAUUGAAAGAAAAUCUUGGGAAAUUUCAAGUACGGACAUCCCCAGUAUUCUGCCAUUCAGAACUCAGGCCAAUGGAAAUAAGACUGUCUUUUUACAGUCAUUAUCUGUUUCUCCUGAUAAAAAGUCAUUGUUUGGAUUUAUCAUGGUUAAAAAUAUUGCAUUUGAAAAGAAAUUAAGCGUCAAGUUGACCACAAACGGUUGGAAGUCAUCUAUAAUCAUUUCAAACUCUACUUACGUACAGUCAUUCAGAUCUUCCAAUUACGAUCAAUUUAAAUUCUCCAUGCCUUUGUCCAACUACAGAACAUUGAUUAACAUAGAAUUGGUUAUUAAAUACGAUAUUCCAAACCAAACAUUUUGGGAUAACAAUGACCAAAAGAACUACCACAUUACCAUCAAAGCACUCCCACAAGUCUCAUCACGUAAAAAUUCUGUUCCGGAAUUUGAAGAUUUGGUAAACCGUCUUGUAAAUAUGAAGAGAGAUAAGUACGAGAACGAUGAUGAGGAUGAUAACGAUAGAGAUGAUGACAAGAAUAUUCUUGCCAUUACUCCAAGAACAAAGUCUGCAUUCUCUGGUAGAUAUAACUUCAUGAAUGAAGAAUUGCCAAAAAGACCAGUUUUAAAAGCAUCAUACUCAAACUCUGACGUUAACACCGUUAAGCCUAGAUACAGUAACAGUUUUAAGUCAAAACAAAAUUUCACUCAAGCUACUAGUAGUUUACAACAAGUUAAAACACCUGAGCAACAGCAACCACAACCACAAUCACAGAUGGCUCGCCCUCCACUCACACACACUAAUAGCGGAUCUAGCAUUCAUACCUCGAGCAGUAAUGCAAACUUUAAUUCAAAAUCAUACACCGACUUAUUAAACUCAAUGUGCUUCUACAAAGGGGAUAACACAUUGUCCAAGUCUACAUCUAGCAUUAAUUGCAAAGAACAAAACCAAGCACCGGUUCCAAUGGGUGCACGCAUAUCUGCUGCCUCCACUUUCCAUUCAUUAAGUGAUUCAAUUCACAUUUAG